AGCGGUUUCAUGUCUGCGAAAGUAAAAGCGCUAAAAUUAACAAACGGAAGGGGACGUCAACCAAAUACAGCGCAAUGUUUGUCAUUUAAUAUUUAAUCCCGAGCGCAGGGUUUCCGCACUGUGCUUUUCCCUGGAUGCUACGAAAACAAUAUAAGGGAGGGUUGAAUCGUGUAACAGACCGCCUCAUAUAAACAAGUAACUGUUAUGUCUAUUGUGACUGUUCAACAGACAUAGGUAAACGAAAUCUGUCGUUUUACUACGACAGUUUUGAAAACUAGCUAGCUAGUCUUUGUAAUAGCCAAAUAAUCAAUUGAAAUGGAGCGGUGGAAAGGCAGAGUAGCUCUCGUGACUGGAGCCUCGGUCGGGAUUGGAGCGGCUGUUGCACGGGCACUUGUCCAACACGGCAUGAAGGUUGUGGGAUGUGCCAGGAAUGUUGACAAGAUAGAGAAGCUGGCAGCAGAGUGCCAGAGUGCGGGCUACAACGGUACGCUGAUCCCCUAUAAGUGUGACCUGUCCUGUGAGGAGGACAUCCUGUCCAUGUUCUCUGCCAUCAAGACGCUGCACCAGGGGGUGGACGUGUGUAUCAACAAUGCAGGCCUGGCCCACAAUGAACCCCUGCUCAGUGGCAAGACAGACAGCUGGAGGAACAUGAUCGACGUGAAUGUCCUUGCCUUGUCUAUUUGUACACGUGAGGCCUACCAGUCAAUGAAAGAGCGGAAUGUGGACGAUGGCCACAUCAUCAAUAUUAACAGUAUGGGGGGACAUAGAAUGGUACCUAGUGCAGAUGAACAUUUCUACUGUGCCACAAAAUAUGCUGUGACUGCUCUAACCGAGGGGCUGCGGCAAGAGCUACGGGAAGCAAAGACCCACAUCAGAGCCACGUGUAUAUCCCCUGGAAUAGUGGAGACUGAGUUUGCCUUCCGGCACCACAACAGCGAUCCAGAGAAAGCAGCUGCUGUGUAUGAGAGUAUAAAAUGUUUGAAAGCACAAGACAUAGCCAGUGCAGUCACAUACAUUCUGGGCGCCCCGCCUCAUGUCCAGAUCGGAGAUGUGCAGAUGAGGCCGGUGGAACAGAUGUCAUAGCAACAGAGCAGGAAGUUAAGCAACUGGAGGAGCCGAUAGAGCCAGGCAGCAAGCGCCAUUGUGACGACUCCUUAGCGACCUCUGCUGGGCAACGACAAAUACAAACAAACUAGUGUUCAACUGGAUUUGGACUGAAGGGAUCGGUUUGAGGAGGUGUGGAGGAGGCUGUGUGUGGUGGAGUGAUAUCUGGGCUGGAGAUUAGAGGAUGGGCAGGUACUCUUAACCACUACUGAAUUACUGUGAGUGCUGCUACACCAUGGGCUUUGGUGUAUUGCUCUAGCAGCCUUGUUUCAAAAUGAAGCCACAUCAAACUUAGGAGAAGAGAAGAGGGUUGCUGCUCCUGUGCGUCAUCUAUUCUACAUGACCAUCCUGACUGACUGACAGAAGGACCGACCGAGGGAGGGGGGAGGGUAUGCCAUCAAUUGCACAUGAACAUUUUUUUUUGUAGGUCAUAUUACAUAUAUGUUUAAAAUAAUGGAACAAAACACUGCUAUUUGUAUUAUUUUUUAUAUCAAUAUUUUUACUUUGAUUAUUGGUACAUUUGGAUAAUAUGCUGUACCCUCUAACCAUAGACACUCGAUCCAUUUUUACUAUUUUGACGUGUUUUUAAUAACAAGCAGAUUUGGUUAGCCUGUUAUGUAUCAAGUACGUCCCGCUUGUAUGUUUUUCAAAACCUAUGUCAACCAUCACCAAUCAGCAAAUGUGUAUAAGGGACAGUCAAGCAUGAUUACGCAACCAUCACUUAUGACCAAGUGUAUUUCCCCACUCCAUAAAUCAACCAUAUGAGAUAGGCCUAGAUUCAAUCAGAUCAAUUGUUAAGCGGCAAUUGCCGACAUGUGCAUAGCCGAUGUUUUGGCGGUGUUGGUGUUGUCAAAAUCGGUGAGCAGCUCUUUAUAAUUUUAUCAUUUUUUUGGGGGGGGGGCCUUUUGUUAAUCACCAUGUCAUCUCAGAUUUAGAAAAUAUGCUUUACAGCCAAAGCAAGACAAGCAUUUGUGUAAGUUUAUUGAUAGCCUAGCAUAGCAUUAUGCCUAGCUAGCAGCAAGCAACCUGGUUACGAUAAAUCGUUUACCUUUGAUGAGCUUCGGAUGUUUUCACUCACGAGACUCCCAGUUAGAUAGCAAAUGUUCCUUUUUUUUCAAAAAUAUUAUUUUUGUCGGCGAAAUAGCUCCGUUUGUUCUUCACGUUUGGCUGAGAAAUCGACCGGAAAUUGCGGUCACGACAUAUAUAUAUUCCAAAUUAGCUCCAUCAUAUCGACAGAAACAUGGCAAAUGUUGUUUAUAAUCAAUCCACAAGGUGUUUUUCAAAUAUCUAUUUGAUAAUAUAUCACCUGGGACUGGUGGAUUCAAGAGGUUAACACAGCGCCAUCCAACCCGGAAGCCAGCCGCACCAAUGUGUCGGAGGAAACACCGUGCACCUGGCAACCUUGGUUAGCGCGCACUGCGCCCGGACCGCCACAGGAGUCGCUGGUGCGUGAUGAGACAAGGAUUUCCCUACCGGCCAAAUCCUCCCUAACCCGGACGACGCUAGGCCAAUUGUGCGUCGCCCCACGGACCUCCCAGACACGGCCGGUUACGACCGAGCCUGGGCACAAACCCAGAGUCUCUGGUGACGCAGAUGUCGCAGCAGUACAGCGCCCUUAGCCACUGCGCCACCCGGGAGGCCUGCUCUUUAUCAUUGUCACGAAGCCACACCUGCCGGGAGAUGCUUGUGGAUUUGACAGCUCUAACACAGGUCCACCGCCGACAUUUACAAAACAUACAUUUUGCAGAUGUCAGCUAAAGCGUAUUUGAUUGAAGAAGGCCCUUAAAUUGUUUUGCACCAUAGAGAUAGAUAGAGGACUCAUCUUUGUAUCUGUACCAUUAUGGCAUCUGUGACAUCACGGGCCACGCCACUGAUGCUUAGUAAAUUUUCUUCUUCACGAUUGGCUGAUCCCUCCUGAUGACCCGGUUGGACAUGACUCCAACAGAGUCACCAGGAGGAAUCAGCCAAUGAAGUUAGAAGUCCCACCCAUUUGACUACAUUAAAAUGGUGGAAGCCCUCAAUGGCGCUGCCCAUACUAAUAUGACCUUUUGGCCUUUGUCAUUCUCUAUGUUUUGACUUUGGAUCCAUUUGGAGGGAGGAGCAUAAAGAAAACACUGGCAUCUUGUCUCGAGGAGGUUACUAACUCAUGAGUGCACAUGUAUACUUUCCCCCAAGUGUGUACUUGUAUGAUACAGUAGAUAUUUCUCAAUAAAAUGAAAUAAGAAUUGUCAAAGGUG